ACUGUAAUUGUUUUUUUCUUCCGUAACGAGCAGCCUUGAAGAACACUAUUGAAUCAGACCGCCGAGAUGUCUUCAUGAAUGUCCUUAUUAUUGUGAGAUUUUUCCAGUGUACUGAUGAAAACAUAGUUACCGGAUUGUAGCUGAUUGCUGAAGAAAACAUGGACCUGUCAUCGCUUCUCUGUCGCCUGCGCGUCUCAUCCUCGUCAGCCCGCCCCUUCCAUCUCCCUGACGACAGUCAGCCCUUUCCAGCAAUCACAGAGGUGCUCCGCCAGCUGCAGGACAAUCUGAGUGGAGUCGCUCAACGAGACGACUGUGACUCGGAGAAAGCAUCUGCCAUUUGCCAGGCGGAACAGUUAUUCAAGAUCGCUGACUCCCAUUGGCUGACAUCCCCUGAUGACAGCGAUCAGAACAAUGACGCGCCUGCGUGUGCCCGGUGGGCGGCGCUGGCGGAGGCCUACGUGGGCGUAGUCCAGGCUCUCACCCGCUGUGCCGCUCUGCCCGCGUGCGAGGCCGACAGCGGCCUGCCCGACAGCCUCUACCGGGACGUCCCAGCCGGGGCCGUGCUGGUCUGCUCGGCCCUCUGCAGCCUGCUGGGGUGCCUGGGGCUGGCCGGGGGGCAGGACGUGAGGGAGGCAACCCAGGAUGAGGCCCCACCCACCGGUCGAGGGGCCGGGGCCCUCCUCUUAGCAGCUGUGGCCCCACUGAGUUGUGUGUUUGCUGUGACCCACUUGCAGGAACAGCCAUGGACGGACGCCCGCUCAAAGGAGUCUGCCGGGCACCUGCUGAGCAGCCUGGUGGCGGCGGGGGGGUUCAGGGACAUCCCUCACUUCCUCAUGGGGGACGAGGAGGAGUCUGCAGGAGGGGGGAGAGGCCGGGCUGUGUUCGGGGGGCUCCUGGAUGUCCUGCAGCCUAACCUGACAAAGGACCUGUUGCCUCAGUGUGCAGCAGUGAAAGUGGUCUUCUCCUGGGCUCUACUUCAGAUGAGCCGCCCCUUUCUCUCCCACCACCUCCCCCGUGUCGUCUCCCCCUCCCUCCUCCUGUCGGACCACUACAGGCCAGAGAACUGCAUUCUUGGAAUCCGUUGUCUCCAUCAUAUAGUUCUACAGACGUCUGCAGCAGAGCUACGUCAAUACAACAGAGCAGAGGUGGUCUACCAGGCUCUCUACAAACACCUGUAUACAACCAACGGCCCGCAGAUACAGCUGGUCCUGGCCUGCUUCUUGGACCUGCUGCUCGUCCUGGAGAAGCCUCCCUCUAUCUCGGGCCCCCAGGAGGUCCCCAGGAAGCCCUGUCGCCACGACGACGUGGUGUGUCUGCUCCUCACCAACAUGGAGAUGGAGCACAAGUUGGCGUUGCGCCGCAUCUACGCCGCCGCGCUGCCACAGUACAUCCACAGACUGAGGGUGUGUGCGUGCAGACACCUGAAGCGGCUGGAGCGCGUGCUGCUGAGUUACCUGGAGGUGAGCGACCCCCCGCAGGAGAGCAGCAGGAGCAGCGCCCUGGAGGCCCUGGAGACACUGCUCCCUGUGGCCUGGCCCCGGAUAGACCAGCGCCGUGUGGGCGUGUUCCUGCAGUGUUUGUUGCGGCUGCUGGUCGACUUGUCAUCUGAAAGCCUCAUUUCUGCAUCCGUCAAGGAGAAGCUAAACAAUCAGACGGCUCGUUGUUUGACUCUACUGAACCACUGUUCACAUGGCAGGGUCAAGUCACUCCUUCUGCUGGUAGACAGUAGCUGUGCCAGUGCUGCUGUGCUGCGUUGCCUAGAGACGGUCACCAUGGCGACAGAAAGGUGACAGUGGCCCACUCUGAUCUGCAUGGCUCUUCUCUGGACAUGAGGGACGUCAUUUCCUGUAACUGGUGAUGUCACAGCUUUCCCAUUGACAUCACCAAACUGAACCAAUUAAAGUAAAAUUUUUGUAUUCUGGGUUUGGGAUUGUUUUCAUUGAUGUUGGUGUGGAUUAGCCUUGUUCUUUUUCAGGACACACACACACACACACACACAAACACACAAGGGCUGGGUAUUGCCAGGUACCUCACAAUUCAAUUCCGAUUCUAUAGGUCUUGAUUCGAUUAGAUUUCGAUUUGAUAUUGAUCCAAUUGCUUCGAUAUCGAAUACGUGCAGAUGACAAAAAUACCUAAAUAUUAUUUAGAAUUAACCAUUUCAAAAUGAAUAAACCAUUUCAUUGUGCUUUAAUUAGCAAAAAGGGAAUACAAAAUUGUAUAGUAUUUGAAUACAACAUUGUAUAGUAUUGUUCCUGAGCUAAAUUUGCGGCAUAAAAGUAAUGAUCAUAACAUGGACAAAUGUAAAAGUGCCUGAGUAUGCUUCUUUUUUUUAUUUUAGUUUUUUUUAAUGGAAAUAAUCGAUUUCAAACAAUUUCUGAUUCAAAAUUGAAUCGAGAACAAAUAAAUUACAGUGCAUUGAUGAAUAGAUAUUUUUACUCAGCCCUAACACACACACACACACACACACACACACACACACACACACACACACACACACACACACACACACACACACACACACACACACACACACACACACACACACACACACACACACACGACAUGUUGCAUACAGAAUGGGUCAGCAGUAGCUGACCCAUUCUGUAGCUUCCUAGAGCUAAACAUUCAAAUCAAAAUAUAAACACGCCCACAUUAAUUCAAUAGUGUUUUAUUUGAAGUAAAAUAAUUGCAAUAAACUUAGCCCUCAGUGUUGGUUUACAUGGGGCAAGUUGUACUGUUACAUAGACGGUCCUCCAUAGAAAAACAAUAGGUGUUUACAGUAACAUGGUUAAAUGAGUGGCCGGUUUACGUAAAGAAGGCGAACAUUCAUGUGAGUGAGUAAUGUAUCCUGAAAGGCAGUCAGAGGUGGAUACUGAGUUGAAACUACGCCGACAAUGAUGUAGUUGUGUGACCACCACCAUCCGGACCCUUCCGCCUAUGUUUCAUUGAGUUCAGAGCAGUCCGGUUUGCACUCAUUUUCACCCCAACGAUGACUUUCUAUUCAGAGUCACUUCUUGAUUGUCAUUGUCAUAUAUACAUAGAAAACCCUUUGUCCAGUCCAGCAACACAUUCCAUUCCUCAGCUGCAAGGUAGUCCAGUGGUCGGGGGAUGAACGUGUGAUGCACUUAUCAUACUGUCUACAUAGAAACACCCGGCUGUGUGCAAAGGCGUGGCAUGUGGCUCAGGAGGUAGAGCAGGUUGGCUGGUAACCGGAAGGCUGCUAGUUCGAUCCCGGGCUCCUCCUAGCUGAGUUUUGAGGUGUCCCUGAGCAAGGCAUCUAACCCUAACUGCUCCCGACGAGCUGGCUGUCACCUUGCAUGGUUGACACCACCGUCGGUGUGUGCAUGAAUGGAUGUAUGUUGUCAAUAAUGUAGUCUGGCUGAGCGAAAAUGGACAGAGCGUCUAUAGUUCAGCGUCGGAUUCCACCGCUACACCUCCCUUCCCUGUUGCUGGCUUUCCCGUAUUGUGCUCCCCCUCAAACUCGGACAUUAAGCAGUAUGGCGAGGACUUUGACGGCGCUGUAAAGCUAGCAUGUUUGGCUCUUUCCGUCGAAAAUUGCAAAGAACUUCAAAAGAUUUGCUUACAGCAUUUGCUGAGGAAGAAAGAUGUUCUUGCCGUUUUAACAUAUAAAUGUUAAAACGUCUGUCGUUUUGAUAGGUCCCGUGAGCUCCUCAAGUGCCAAAGUGUAUGGUGUCUUGACAUCAUUGUGAGAAAUAAAUAAACAAUGUUUGUUCUUUUUAUCUAUAAAAGGAUCUUCACAUAGGCGACAUACAUCUUUAAUAGUUUUUUGUGGCGUUUGCGGUUGGGAUUGAGGCAUCUCUCUGAAAGCCUCUGAACGUGAAGACGUUCCAUCAAAAUAAUUUCCCCCCCGGCACUAUUUUGCAUGGACACCACUGCUGCUUCCAGGGGUUAGCCCCGCCCUAGACGAUUGUGAUUGGUUUAAAGAAAUAUAUACAGGCCAGCCCAGUUUCCCCCCGGAUAGACGGCUCUAAAAAGCAUGGUUCCAGACCAUUCUACUUGCUGUAGUUUGGUCUGGCUUUGCGAGACUAUCAAUAAUGUAAAGUGCCUUGAGUCGCGACUGGUUAGAAAAGCGCUAUAUAAAUGUAGUCCAUUUACCAUAUUGGUAACCCUGAGGCGCUACAGCAUUGGUUUGCAGAGGCUUUACCUCACAUCAAGAUUCCUGGUUGUAUAUUUUAAUAUGAGCAAAGAAAAGGUUGAUAACCAAAGGUCGGUUUCAAAAGGUUCUGCGUUUUAAAACCAGAAAAACUGGACGUGAGCUGUGUGCGUGAGUCGCACCUGUGUCUCCGUUCUUCAUCGUCUCUUUCCCCUACUCCUCCUCCCUUUCACCUGCUGAAGCUCCGCCUCGGUCUGCCUGGACACACAACAGGAAGUCAAUUUACAUUUCCUUAUUUGGGCUGUGAUUCAAAGUAUGAAAAAAUAAAUAAAUAAUAAUAAUAAUAAAUAAUAUAUAUAUAUAUACACCAAACCUUGAUUGAUACCUAUUCACAUUUCCAAGUCAUCUUCAGGACAUUUAUAUUCAAAAUGAGAUGUGUCCCAUGUUCUAGGAUUCCUCAAAUUACUAGUCCCAGAAAACAACAGAUUUUCUACUUUUACUAACUGACACACCAGUUAUUAAAAUCCCUUGUUAUCUAUCCCAUAUAUUAUUUUUCUCACUGUCAAUUUCCUCAAAAUAUCAUACUUUUUUGAUUACAUUACAACUCAAGUACAUUUUCAAGUUAAUUGAAAAACAUCUCAAUUUUAAAAGGUAACACGAAUUUCAUUCUUGGAACUGCUGCAGCCCCUAGGAUCAUAUAUCUUCACUCAUAACAACUCAAUUCCCUGGAUGAGCUGACUUGUGUUUGAUGGAUGCUCACCAGAGCUGCUGUUUGGUCUGCAGGAGACAGGUAGCGCUCUCGUCCAGUCUGUGUUUCAGCCCCUCCAGCUCUGACUGAGACAACACCAGCUGCCUCUGCACACAU